AUGUUCUACCAAGCAAUCUUGUACUGCAGCGAAGAACCAACCAAUACUCAAGACAUUACCACGUGUCUAAUGUCGUUGAAGACAAUCCCGUUUGAACGGUGGGAUAUCUCCGAGUUAUCGGCCUCAUGUACCGCUCAGCCUCCUGAUCACCGUGGGUCGCAUCAGUUGACGGACUUCGACUCUGUAACGAGGCAUGACGCUUUUCGCCACUGGAAAUUACUCGCAGAGGUCUGUGAUGAUCUUCGAUCAAGCAAUCAAUCAAUCAAUACUGUAGUUCGUCGCCACGAAAGUUUAAAUACAGAGGGUACACCUACCACAUCACGAAGCCUUAUCUCACGCCCUUCCAAGCUAUAUCGAAAAGAACUGAGACGACAAUACUAUUGGAAUAAUUGA